UCUGCCCAUCCCUUUGCGCGGGACCCCCAGGCGCUGUCAGGCCCAAGUUGCCAAAACAGUCUGAGUGCGGGGAGAGCGUGGGGCGACCCUCCAGACCCCGACCCUCUCCUAAGGGCGAUUCCUGUUUGUUUUUUACAAUCAUUCAGAAACUUGAGUUCGGCCCUAGGUUGCAUGUCCCCAGCUACGUCUUCGCAGAUCCUGGCCAGGAAAAGACGGAGAGGCAUCAUUGAGAAACGCCGGCGAGACCGGAUCAAUAACAGCUUGUCUGAGCUGAGGAGGCUGGUGCCCAGUGCUUUUGAGAAGCAGGGAUCUGCUAAGCUAGAGAAAGCCGAGAUCCUGCAGAUGACGGUGGAUCACCUGAAAAUGCUGCACACUGCAGGAGGGAAAGGCUACUUCGACGCGCACGCCCUGGCCAUGGACUAUCGGAGUUUGGGGUUCCGGGAGUGCCUGGCAGAGGUCGCCCGCUACCUGAGCAUCAUCGAGGGGCUGGAUGCCUCCGACCCGCUUCGAGUCCGGCUGGUAUCGCAUCUUAACAACUACGCCUCCCAGCGGGAAGCGGCGAGUGGCGGGCACGCGGGCCUCGGGCACCUUCCCUGGGGGAGCGCCUUCGGACACCACCCGCACGGGGCGCACCCGCUGCUGCUGCCCCAGAACGGCCACGGGAACAGCGGCUCGGCGGCCUCGCCCACGGACCCGCACCACCAGGGCCGCUUGGCGGCGGCUCAUCCCGAGGCGCCCACCCUGCGAGCGCCCCCUAGCGGUGGCCUUGGACCGGUGCUCCCCGUGGUCACCUCCGCCUCCAAACUGUCGCCACCCCUGCUCUCCUCCGUGGCCUCCCUCUCCGCCUUCCCCUUCUCUUUCGGCUCCUUCCACUUACUCUCUCCCAGUGCACUGAGCCCGUCGGCACCCACGCAGGCAGCAAACCUCGGCAAGCCCUAUAGACCGUGGGGGACGGAGAUCGGAGCUUUUUAAAGAACUGAUGCUGUAGAAUGAGGGAGGGACCGCUUACAAUUCCAGCUGAGCUGGCGGUUGCUGACAUCACCUUAAAGUCGUCAGUUAUAAUAAAGAGGAAACAGGUACAAUCCCAGAUAAAUUCUGUUGAAAGACGAAAGGUUUGUUGUUUUACCUUUUCUUUCUUAAUGUUUUUUUUAAAAAUCAUGACAUGUAUUAGCAGUUUUUAAAUUUUGUUCCAAACAUUAAAUGGACUGUAAACUGACACCUGCUGAUAGGUUUGUACUGUGCCUAAUUUACUUUGUAAACCUAUUGGUCUACGAGUGAUUCAAUUUUUGCCUCAGAGUUUGGGGAAUUCUUAGUAUUUGGGGGCUGUGUUACAUUCUGUUUUUAGAAUUAAUUUUCCAAACCACUAUGCUGAAUAUUAACGUGAAGCUGUCUGUUAAUACUUUGACAAUGAAGGUGUUGUAUAAAUAAUAUUCUUUGGGGGGGGGGGGAUAUUGGAUUUUGUAUUUCUGAACAAAGCGUUUGACAAAUCAGAUGAUCAGCUUUAUCCAAGAAAGAAGGCGAAUUCUCUGCCUCCUACAGCAGGAAAGGUGGAUGUACAGAGUCCACCAGGAGCCCUGAGUUCAUGACCAACCGUCUGCCGGGACCAGACGGGCCGUUCUGGCUUAGUCAGGAGGGAGCCCCGUGCAGUGGAGGCCCCUGUUGCAGUUGGCUGGGAGGAGAUGAGGAUAAUUGCAUAGACUACCCUGCAUUUCCAGCCCCGAGCUGUGUGAUGCAUUUUAAUCUCCCAGAUCUCCCAGAUGCUAACACGGAUAAGUGCACCAGGUGGGCAAGUGUGGUCCAGUGGAACGGUCCAGUGGAACCUGUUAAAGGCAUACCCUAAUUCUUCCAGGGUUGGCCAUAUUUUCUUCUCACUGGAAGCUUUUAUGUUGCGUUUUCCUUUUUUGGCGCAUGCAGAUGUGGCUGUUGAGAUAUUUAAAAGGGCUUUGCUGCCUCCUUUUUUGUUUACUUCUUUGGACUCGGGGUAUUACAGGUUUAUUCAUUUAGCAGGAGUAACUUGAACACCUCCACCGAGCUGGGCUGGACCUCUGUUGUACUGAUGUGUUGUGACUCAAUAAAAAAGAGGAAACAAACUA